AUCCGAGAACUCCAUUCAAAACCAGCAGAGGGAAAGCGACCAAGCAGCUCCCCGUGUGUCCAUCACUUCAGGAAGGCUGCAGCCACGCCGACUAGCAACAACCAGCAAACCCCGGGAGAAAAGCCCCAAGAUGGCCCCUAUCUGCAUCAAGUCUGUUUUAAUCAGUGAAAGUGUGGAUCCUCGCUGCAAGACGAUUCUGGAGGAAAAUGGCAUCCGAGUUACGGAAAAACCGAGUAUGAAAAGGGAUGAAUUAAUGGCGGAGAUUAAGGACUAUGAUGGCCUUGUGGUUAGAUCUGCCACAAAGGUAACAGCUGAUGUCAUUGAUGCUGCUAAUCUGAAAAUCAUUGGAAGAGCUGGAACCGGUGUGGACAAUGUUGAUGUUGAUGCUGCAACCAAGAAGGGUAUUAUUGUCAUGAACACACCAAGCGGCAACACCAUCAGUGCUGCCGAGCUGACAUGUGCCCUGCUGAUGAGCCUCUCAAGAAAUGUGCCUCAGGCUGCCAUGUCGAUGAAACAAGGGAACUGGGAUCGCAAAAAGUUCAUGGGUGCAGAGCUGUAUGGCAAGGUCCUUGGAAUAGUUGGACUUGGAAGAAUAGGAAAGGAAGUCGCCUCAAGAAUGCAAUCAUUCGGCAUGAGGACAAUCGGCUAUGAUCCAAUCACUCCACCUGAGGUGACAGCCAGCUGGGGGGUGGAGCAGAUGUCACUGGAGCAGUUGUGGCCACAGUGUCACUAUAUCACUGUCCACACUCCUCUGAUGCCCUCUACUGUUGGUCUUCUUAAUGAUGAAUCGUUUGCUAAAUGCAAGAAAGGAGUGAAGGUUGUGAACUGUGCACGAGGGGGCAUCAUCGAUGAGGACGCUCUCCUCCGAGCUCUGGAGUCCGGACAGUGCGGAGGAGCAGGGCUCGAUGUGUUUGUGGAGGAGCCUCCUAAGAAUCGCGCAUUGGUCGACCACCCUAAUGUGAUCAGCUGCCCUCACCUGGGCGCCAGUACGAAGGAGGCGCAGGCUCGCUGUGGGGAGGACAUCGCUCUGCAGAUUGUGGACAUGGUGAAGGGCAAGAAGUUGGUUGGAGCAGUAAAUGCACAGGUUUUGGCCAGCACUUUCUCCCAGGAAUCUCACCAGCUGAUCAAACUCGGAGAAGCCGUUGGAGCCGUGUUGCAGUCAUGCACUUCUUCUAAGAAACCUUUCACAAAUGUUCAAAUCUCUACUAAAGGGGAUUGCAUGAAGUCCUCCAGUGGUUACAUGGCUGCAUCAGUACUGGUUGGAUUGCUGGCCAAUGGAUCUGGCUCCUGCCCGAACCUUAUCAAUGUUCUCAGCCUUGCCAAGGAAUCUGGAAUCACGGUAAACCAGACCCACUGUGCUUCUGAGGCGGCAGGUGGCGUGUGUACAGUGGAGAUUGUGGCCAGCGGCAGCAGCUACAAAGCCACUGGUUCAGUUCAGGGUGGCGUGCCGGUGCUGCUGGAGCUGAGCGGCAGUGUGUUCAGACAGCCGGUCUCUCUCACUGGAAACCUGCUGUUCUUGAAGGCCUCCGCAAGUCCUCAAUUCCUUUCCUCAGUGGCAGGACUUCUGGCCACAGCGGGAGUGGAGAUUCAGUCCUUCAGUGCUCCCGCAGACCGUACUGGGGAUCUGUGGUAUUGUGUGGGGGUGUCCACUCUCCCAGGGGACCUCGGUGUUUUGAAGCCUUUGGCUAAGGAGGUGGCACAGCUCACCAUUUAAAUGACAGCUGCAAUGAUAUCUGAAAGUCUUAACAUCUCUGAGAGUGUCAAAAAUAAUUGAUAUCUCUGGCCUUAGCACUUACAACUAACAACUUUUAGAAGUUGAAACAAUGGUUUAAAAUGUGCAUUUUAUAACAUUCCAGUGUUUAGAUGUUUUUCAUGCAGUUUAAAGAAGUAAUAAAUAAAAUAAAUGUUUCAGUGUC